AGUCACGAGGAGGUAAUGCUGGGGAGGGACAGACCUGGCCUGCUGACAGCAGGGCGGGCCUCACUAAGGACAGCCUAUAGGCGGCUCACACUCUGUUUCACUUCCCGCCACUGCUGCCAGCAAGAACCAGCCAGACUGCACCCUGAAUCACUGCUGCCUGACUACUACUUGGCUCAGCGGCAGGCACCGACCAUGGGCUCGCAGGCACCAGCCCAGGGUCCCGUGCAGACCCUCAUCUUCUUGGACCUGGAGGCCACUGGCCUGCCUUCCUCUCAGCCCAAGGUCACGGAGCUGUGCUUGCUGGCUGUACACAGAUGUGCCCUGGAGAGCUCCCCCACCCCUCAGGGGCAACGUCCCACAGUGCCCCCACCACCCCGGGUGGUAGACAAGCUCUCUCUGUGCGUGGCUCCAGGGAAGGCCUGCAGCCCAGAAGCCAGUAAGAUCACAGGCCUGAGCACAGCUGUACUGGCAGCACAUGGGCGUCAACGCUUCGAUGUCGACCUGGCCAACCUGCUCCAAGCCUUCCUACGGCGCCAGCCACAGCCCUGGUGCCUUGUGGCACACAACGGUGACCGAUAUGACUUCCCCUUGCUCCAGGCAGAGCUGGCUGUCCUAGGCCUUGCCAGCAUUCUGGAUGGUGCCUUCUGUGUGGAUAGCAUUGCUGCCUUGAAGGCCCUGGAGCAAGCUGCCAGCCCCUCGGAGCAUGGCCCAAGGAAGAGCUACAGCCUUGGUAGCAUCUACACACGCUUGUAUGGGCAGGCCCCACCAGACUCCCACAUAGCCGAGGGUGACGUCCUAGCCCUGCUCAGCAUCUGUCAGUGGAGGCCACAGGCCCUGCUACAGUGGGUUGAUGCUAAUGCCAGGCCUUUCAGCACUGUCAAGCCCAUGUAUGGGGUCACAGCCUCUGCUGGAACCAACCCAACACCAUCUGCCACCACAGCCACUAUACCCCUGGCUAGAGCCAGGGACACUAGUCCUAACAUUGGCAGGGGCAGGAAGCCCAAGACCCUUCCUCCCCUCGAGGGCCCUGAAGCCUCACCCAGGGAGGGAUUGCUGGCCCCACUGGGCCUGCUGGCCUUCCUCACCUUGGCAAUAGCCACACUGUAUGGGCUCUCCCUGGCCACACCUGGGCAAUAGUUCAAGAAGGAAAGUCUAACUAAUAAAGACCCCCUACACACACACACAGCAUUGAGUGGCCACUCACCUCUACCCUCCUUAGCAGCCUUGGAGCCUUCUGCACCUCUGCCCACACUCAGUGGCCUGGGGAGGGGGCCAUAGAGAAUGGCAGUCUUUGUCCUUCACCCUCCCCAGCAGGAUGGUCAGAU